CGUGAAUGUGUGGGACGGAUGGGAUUGUGGGUCCUCUAACCUGUGGGGCCUUGGCCAGUUUCAAGGAGUUGUGUGUUGCCCACCCGAUCCUAAAAAUGGGAAAAGAUGUAAUACAAAGGGGGGAAGUUCUCAAGUUGGCCUUCAAAGAUGGUUGUAGGUGACACUAAAGUGGGUGAUCCUAGUUAUUAUUAUUGUUACUGUGUUGGAACCGACUUAAUCACAACCCUAAAAGGGCUUUCAAGGGUCUCUGGCGGCCAUGUGGCCCAUCUUCUGGGCGACGGUGCGGGGUUAUGCCCCCUAUGUUACGUUCCCUGUUGCCUUUGUGGUAGGGGCCGUGGGGUACCACCUGGAGUGGUUUAUCCGUGGCCAGCCCUCUCCGCCGCCUGAGGACGAGAAGAGCAUUUCGGAGAAGCGGGAAGAGCGCACCCUACAGGAGAGCGCCGGGAAGGACCUCACCCAGGUGGUCAGCCUUAAAGAUAAGCUGGAGUUCGCCCCCAGGGCGGUCUUGAACCGGAACAGACCUGAGAAGAACUAGUGGAGAAGUCUUUGGCCUCUGGGUGGCCGGCCAGAGUUUCUUCACCGUUGGCGGAGAAAUUCAGAGAGAUGUGGCUCUCCGAUGUUCUUUUCACCCUGCCAGGAGUGGAUGCUGGCGGUCAGAUGUUCUCGGAACUGUCAUCCUCGCUUUGCACCCUAUGAAGGAGGGCUAGAGGCAUGGAAGCCCACCAGAGAUGGCUCCCUGGAUUGGGAAAUUUUUUUUGUGACUCUGUCCAUUUGACCGAAUGACGUAAUGGAUGAGUUUUGGGGGAAGAGUCCAUUCUGUCAGCGCAGGAUGUACAUUUUCAUCGUCCCUUUCCCUGGCAUACUCAUGGUUUGGCUUAAAAAAAAUCUCCUUACCCCCCACCCCAGUUCUUUUUCAUGUGGCUUUGGAGUUUUCCAAAGGAGGAACGGAAGCCUGUUUCCCUUACGAACUUUCUAAGACAAGUUUCUUUUGGGUCUUAUAAAGCAGUAGCCAGGAUUUCAUCUCCAUUUUGCUCCUUUUAUGCAAGAAAACAAGGCAUGUGUCCCCAAAGGAGUUAUUGUGGGUAGGAGUUUGGUCACAGAAUGGAUGCCGAUUGCUUUGGAUCUGGGUCUCUCAUUAAAAGUUCAAAAAGUGUUUGAAA